AUGAAUAAAAUCCUCAAUGUAGAAUUUCAAAUUAAACUUUUUCAGGUGAUUGAUCAUUAUGAAAACCCGAGAAACGUCGGCUCUUUCGACAAAAAAGAAAAGAAUGUGGGCACUGGUCUUGUUGGUGCUCCAGCUUGCGGUGAUGUCAUGAAGUUACAAAUAAAGGUAGAUGAGAAUGGAAAGAUAGUCGACGCAAAGUUCAAGACGUUCGGUUGUGGUUCUGCCAUUGCCUCAAGUUCAUUGGCCACCGAAUGGAUCAAAGGAAAAACUUUGAAUGAAGCGGGCAAGAUCACAAAUGCGGAGAUCGCAAAGGAACUCUGCUUGCCCCCUGUCAAACUUCACUGUUCAAUGUUGGCCCAGGAUGCUAUAAAAGCAGCCCUUAGUGAUUACAACAAAAAGAAUAAAACACCAUCUGAAGAUAGCAUCAACAACAACAACAUCAACAACAACAACGACAACAAAACUGAUACCAAAAUGUCGAACUAG